AUGUUGCCCUCCGCGCGGGAGGUAGAGGAGGUCGUUGUGGCAACGCUGAAGGGCGGCAACUGGGCCCGUGCCGCGAUGCUUCUCGCAGGGGCAGUGAAGCUGUCGUGCACCCCAACGGCACGGACGUACGCAGAGGUAGUGACAGCCGUAUCAACGCGCAGCACAUGGAAGGUAACUGUACAGGUGUUAGAUCAAUUGCAGACAAGUCCCCUCUCCGCUCGCGCCGUGUACCACACGGCGGCGGAUGCAAUACUUGCACGCCGCAGCGACGGUGCGGCGGAAACACUUCUCGCGCUUAUUCUCGCGGCCCGACGCCGUCGCGUUCCAGUCUUGGCGCCCCACCACCACCUACAAUGCAGCCGUCUGUUGCUGGACGCCGGUGAUUGGCGUGGCGCCCUUCUUGUGGGCUCACAGGAGCGUCUGAUUCAGCAUGCACCGACGCUGGCCUGGCCAACGAUGUUAGCGGCAGCGGCUGGUCGCCAAUGGGUGGCAGGGUCAAAAAUCAUGUCUCUCCUGCUAGCCUCGGGUGGCGUGCCGAGUAAGGCCACGACGGAAAGUUUUAUUCGCUGCUUUACUGUCACGUCGCCGUGGUGGCGGGCGCUGGCGGUGGCAUCGGUGCUCACUUGUCGAGAUGAGCCGGAGGUCAGGCAACGCGCGUGGGAGCUCCGCGAGGAGGUGCGGCGUCAUGCGGAGUCGGAGUUGCCUGAAAUAAAGGCCAGGGAAGAACGACGCCAAGCGUUGUUGCAUGUCGCCGACUGUCGCCAAAUGCCAGACGACCUCACGCUGGGGGAGGUUACGGAGGCUCUCGUGACGCUGAAGGAACGACAGUGGGAGAGGGCGUUGGAGCUCGUUCGCUUAUUUCCGGCGCUGCUGGAGCUUACACCCAGACCACGCGCUCUGCUGUCUCCCAUGGCUAGGCUCAACACUGUGCCACAGAGUUCCUUCUACUGGGAGGCUCUGUGGCAGACUGUUUCUGCGUCCCUCACCUCCGCCCCUAUGGUCACCGUUCUUCACACAGCGAGUUUGUUUUUAGUGCACCUACGCAGCGGGGAGGAGCACGACAUCGACACACAAACGAAGGUGAAGGAGGUGACACGCGCAAAAAACAUUGUGAUUGACUUUGUUAAUGUAGCACGCACGCACGAAGUUGGGGUGCUGGACCCGGCCUGCCUUCACUCUGUAGUGCGGCUCAAUUGUACGCGUGGGUGCUGGGAAGACGCGCUGGCUCUCACCGGGCGGCCCACUGUGGUGUUCACAGAACUUGCGGAGCGUGGCAACUGGCAGGCCGCCGUCGCCGUGUACGGUGGGAUGCAUCCAAGCGCCCAAGAGAGAGCUGGACCCCCGUUGGAGCACCUAUUUAUUUCAAUGGGGUUGUGGAUGCCUGCCCUACGCUACGCCCAAAGCCAGUUGCCUCGAGACACACUGAGGCUGCGCAGCCUGGCCAUUCCGCUCUGUGCAGCUUUGGGCCAGUGGCGCCGCGCGCUGCAUAUGCUGUUUCGGCACGUUCCUACACCCACCGCAGCGGAAACGCGGCUGCAACGGUACUGCAUUCUGCGUCACGUGGAAGCGACGAUUUGUGAGGCGGUUGAGCGCGAUGAUUGGGAGAAGGCGCUGCAGGCGUGGGCUGUGGUUUGCCGGAUUCCCCACCAUGCUCGGACGCCACGCGCCAGCGGCGAGAGCGCGGGAGCGCCGGACGGGUUUGAUCAAUUCCGGAUCCGGCCUAAUGUUGUGAAGUGCACAGCUAAACUACUGCUUGAGCACCAACGCUACGACGCAUGCUGCUUGGUGCUUUCCUUGCACACGCCCACUGCCGCGGACCCCAUUCUUCUUCGCUGCUUCCAGCUCUUUUACCACAUUCGUCUCUCCCCACUUUCUUACGGACGUGUUCUGCAGCAGUACAGGGAAACGUAUGCGGCACACCGGGUGGUGCUUGACUGCUACGCGGUUCUGGCGCUAAGCUUGAGCGGAAAUCAUUUGGGUGCAUUCUGGAUUCUUCGUGGCCUCUCGUUAUUGCGGGACACAAAGGCUGCGAACGCCGUCGUGCGCGGGUUAGAGGAGGUGCCUCACGUGAAAAAGAUGCUUGCGUCCAUCCUUCUAGAAGCGGCAACGCCGUCACAGACAGCUGACGUGGAGGCCGUCGUGGAAAUUCUUACGCCGUGCGUGAAAUCAAUUGAGGAUGUCAAUUUAUUCAACCGGCCUUUGCUGGUGUACUGGGAAAGUGACAGCGAUGCCCUUCGCGCGUGUGCCGUUCGCAUGGCGAUAAAACUUUUGCAGCACAUGAUGCAGCAGGAACUUCCUGCACCCUGGGUCGUUUUGCGCGUUGUGGCGGGCGGGAUUGAGCGCCACACGGAGAGUUCUGCUGCGCAUCUCCUCUACGAGGCUCUACGGCAGCGUGCCACGUUGGGCACAGCGGAACAGGUGGAAGGGGACGCUGAAGGGAAGGGUGAGUCGUGGCGACCGUCACAGAAGGAGCGGGAUGCCUUUUUUAGGCGGUGUGCACAGAGUUUCCUACGUAUGGGGCAUUGGGGCCGCGCCCUUGCUGCGAUGCAGGCAUGCGAGAAGACCGACGAGAUGGCACUCUUCCAGGCAGCUGUUCUUUUGAAGGAGGAAAACGAGAGCCGUGUACGGGCCGCACAUCGUGUCAUUUUGGAGGCAACAGCAACGGAUGACACAAACACCGGGGCUGGUCUGCACUCCCUCGUGCCUGGGCGUCAGGUGGAGGAGGUGUUGGUGGCGCUGACGCACCUUCAGGCAUGGAAAGCCGCCUUGGUGGUGUUUAACAGCGUCAUGGGAGCAAAAGGAAGAUGUUCACGCGGGGCAGCUGGGCGCUUAAGCAGCGGCGUCGCUAAUGCUCUGCUUUCAACGGUGGCAACUUUUGGUUCCUGGGAAGUCGCAUUGAGACUCUUGACGACGGUGCAGCAGGAAUUCUCACCCGUGAGUGCCCUCAUGGAAAAGGGUCUCACAGAUGUGUUGCGCUCCGUGCGGAGUCACAGCGGUGCCGUCAUGUGCAGCAAAGUGAUGCUGUUUAUUGUGCAGGAGAUGGGUGCGGUGCCGACACCGACGCAGUACGAGGUGCUCUUGAGUUCCUGUCUGGGCUCAAGGUUGGCUGUCGUGGAGCGCGACGCCUGCGCUAGCAAUCUUAGGCGUCUUAGCCACUCCCUCAGCGAGCGGCAAGUCAUUGACCUUAUUGUUGCCAUCACCACGGCAGGCCGCUCCUGGGAAGAGGCGGAGGUCGGUGCCAGGAGCGAGCAACGGCAGCGUGGAGGCGCGCGUGGUUGCUCUCACCCGACGUGCUGGAUCCCUGUCGAGCGUCCACCCCUAACCGGGGAUGAGCUUCACCACUUCUCGCAGCUUGCCCCCCGCAUUGUGCUUUCCACCUCACGGGGGCUGGAGGCACUUGCUCGGGCCUUCUCGGGGCGUUUCAGGCCUUUUGAGCUGAAACUUCUGCUGCAGCACUACCGCACGGAGGUGCUGGAGCGGGUGCGAGAGACGGAUAGCGGCGUGGCGGUGUUGGAUACACAGCUGGUUGAAUACUGCAGGGAAAAUAGGUUUCUGCACAUCCUUCUCUUAUCGCACGAGCGUGUGUGGCAACGACCGUUGCUUCCGGUGGUAGGGCAGGGGGCAGCGGCUUUCAUAGAACGACUAACGUCAGACGUGUUUCACGGGUUUGCGUCCCCGCGCACGGUGGCUGCAGUGUGGGAGGCAUGUUAUCCGUAUGUGGCACAGCUGGCAGCUCGGCGGUGGCCAUGGCUGUGCGAGUACGAGCUGCUGCGGGCAGUACGAAGAAGUGGCGGAAGGCCUCCAGCGUUUCUUCGCACACGACCAGAUGCCUCGCGGGCUGAGAUUGCGUCCUAUUGGGCCACGUACGGUCGCGCCAUUUGGCCGGAACUGUUUUUUAGUGGUCCGGAACUCUGCCAGCUGGCGGUGUACGUACCUCUUGUUGAGCAGCUGCUGGGCGACGAACAGGGGCUCCGUGAACUCUGCUUCGGUAUUGAGGCGGCCCACUUUUCGGCGGAGGCGAUACCGCAUAGCGAGGAGCUGCUGCGUCAACCGCGCUCAGCGAGGGCCAUUCGAGCCGUCUUCAAUUUGGCCUUUAAAUCACUAAAACGUCUGCAUAUGCAACUCGAUCUGGACGCCCGCGGUGGGAGGUUUUACUACCACCAUCACCCAGAUGUCAUACUCUGGCAGAGGUACUCCGCGGGAGCCCUCAUGGCAGAGCGACUGCCGCGGUGGGCGCUUGCGCUGCGCAUCAUUCACCACUACCGGCGUUCCACGGCAACCACGCUGCCACCACGCAUGCUGGCUGCUCUCUUCUCCGCCUGCGCGGCCGACGCUGCUGAGAGCGUUCGCAUUUCACAGCAGAAGGAGAAGCAGCCGUGGGAGUCCUCAUUCUGGGAACUGGCAAUUCAGUGCACACAGGCCGUUGAGCCUAACUGUACUCCGGCAUUGUGGCAUCAUGCGAUACAGCUGGCGUUGUUGUCAAAGCCGUCCGGCGACGGCGCGGCAAUGGCUGCUGAAGAAUGCCGCCUAGCGGAGAUGCAUGACGCCUCCCUACAGGCCACCACUCGUGUUGUGCUUAGUCAUGCGAAGAGAGCGAAUGGGACUCUUCCCUUUCGUGUCUCCCUGUUGUUGAUUGACCAAAUGAAGGCGUUAAUAGACGAGGUGCGCUUCCAUGACUACGCCCGGGACGCGUGCAGCCAGGGGGACGAUGCCCUCACUGUCUGGGCACUGUUGCAGGAGGGGGACUGCCUGCAAAAGAUGGAGCCGCAGCACGCCGUGCUGUUGAGGAGGCUUGUGCUGGAGGGGGGGGGGGGACCUUGCGGGGAGGUUGUCUCGGAUUAA